AUGAACAAAGGUAUCUUUGUCACUCAAGAAGGAUAUGCCAAGAAACUUGUUGACAGGUUUGGAUUGAAGCAAAGCAAAACAUGUUCUACUCCUCUUGAGAUAAGUACAAGGUUAAGGCGGGACGAAGGCUCACUUCUUGCAGAUCCUAAUCCUUUUCGGGCUCUUGUUGGAAGUCUCCUAUAUUUGACUAUUACAAGGCCGGACAUUGCCUUCUCAGUAGGAUAUGUAAGCAAAUUUAUGCAAAGGCCAAGAAAGCCUCACUUAGAAGCUGCAAAGAGGAUUCUGAAAUAUAUCAACUCAACAUCAGACAUGGGCUUGCUCUUCCAAAAGAAGAAUGAUUUGGUGUUAGCUGGUUAUACGGAUGCUGAUUUUGGUGGUGAUUUGGAUGACCGAAGAUCUACAUCGGGCUAUAUAUUUCUCUGUGGUGGAACAAGUGUUUCUUGGUGUAGCAAGAAGCAAGACUCAGUUUCCUUGUCAACAACGGAGGCGGAGUAUAAAGCAGCUGCUCUUACUACUCAAGAAUGUGUAUGGCUACAAAGACUUGCUGAAGACUUGCACCUACCUAUAUCAAAGACAACUAUGAUCUAUGGAGAUAAUUAA